UGACCGUUUGUUCCGUUGGUAUUUACAACCCUAUCUCUCUCUCACCUUUACUUUUCUUCUCAAACUCAUCACACACACACACACUCGUCUCGUGUCAUCUCUAAACAAAACCAACAGAGAAAAAGACACACUCAGAAAAACGAAAAUACUUAUCCUCAUAAGCAUGACUUCGGCGUCACCGGCUCAUCGGAGAAAAUUCUCCGGGAAGGAGCAGCCGGAGAAACACUCCGGCCUCCUUCGCCGAUUCGCCCCCGCUCCUCUCACGCUGAAGCUUCCCUCGCAAGACACCGACUCUUUUCUUCGUCCGUCGAAGAUGUUGCUGAACGUGACUUUCGACAAGUGCGUGGGAGCCGUACAGGUGGUGAUGUCGCCGGAGGACACCGUCGCCGAUUUGAUUAAGACGGCAUUGGCAUUUUACGAGAAGGAGAAGCGAAGACCCUUGUUGAAGAACACUCAUCCCAACUGCUACGACCUUCACUACUCUUCCUUCACACUUGAAAGUUUGAAGGGAGAUGAUAAGUUGUUGAACUUGGGGUCUAGGAAUUUUUUUCUGCGCUCAAAGCCUGCAACGUCUUCUUCUUGCUUUCGGAAACCGAAUACGGCAAUUGAUUCUGCGUUUCCUUGGAUGGUGUUCGUCCCUCUCAUGCUGUAGCAUUAGGACCAUAACCAUAUACAUAAGUGUCUCACACAUGCCAAAUUAUAUUUCAUCACUUAAAUGUAGUAAUAUUCAUAGAUGUCAGGAUGUUUUUACUAGAGAUAUAUAAAUUCUUAGAUACACAUACGUGUAACGUUUACGAAAUUAUGGCAGUUUUUUUUUUCUUUUUCUGUCAA